CCACAUCGUUGUUCAUGCGUUUCGGAAGUUUGAAACGCAGAUUCGAUGUUACUGUAUGGUGUAAAUAUAAAUCAGCAAUCAAGUUGAAAUCUCCAACAUCCCGAUUCCUACAGGGGUAAAGCAUUUAUGUGCAUCGAGUAAAUAAUAACAAAUACAACGUAAUCAGAUCAUUUCUAAAAUUGCAAGUCGUAGAUGACCGAUUUAAGUGUUCACUGGCGGCAUCAGGUGUUGCUGUAGCUUCUCAACUUCAAGAGAGAGGACUGAGGGGAGACAUUCGUCAUGUUUCUUUACAACUUGACGUUGCAGCGAGCCACAGGGAUCAGUCAUGCUAUCCAUGGAAACUUUUCAGGAACCAAGACGCAGGAGAUUGUUGUUUCAAGAGGAAAGAUUAUUGAACUCUUGCGGCCAGAUGCCAACACAGGGAAAGUCCAUACGCUGCUCACCAUGGAGGUGUUUGGCAUCAUCCGCUCCCUCAUGGCUUUCAGGCUCACUGGAGGAACUAAAGACUACAUAGUCGUGGGCAGCGAUUCAGGCCGUAUAGUGAUCCUGGAGUAUCACCCGUCCAAGAACAUGUUCGAGAAGGUCCAUCAGGAGACCUUUGGCAAGAGUGGCUGCAGACGUAUUGUACCAGGCCAGUUCCUCGCUGUGGACCCCAAGGGCAGAGCCGUCAUGAUCGGGGCCAUUGAGAAGCAGAAGCUGGUGUACAUCCUGAACAGGGAUGCGGCGGCCCGCCUCACCAUCUCCUCCCCACUGGAGGCCCACAAGGCCAACACGCUGGUGUACCACGUCGUGGGGGUGGACGUGGGCUUUGAGAACCCCAUGUUCGCGUGUCUGGAAAUGGACUAUGAGGAGGCGGACAACGACCCCACUGGGGAGGCUGCGGCCAACACGCAACAGACCCUGACGUUCUACGAGCUGGACCUGGGCCUCAACCAUGUGGUGCGCAAGUACAGCGAGGCUCUGGAGGAACAUGGCAACUUCCUCAUCACAGUCCCUGGAGGGUCAGAUGGCCCCAGUGGCGUGCUCAUCUGCUCUGAGAACUACAUCACCUACAAGAACUUUGGGGACCAGCCCGACAUCCGCUGCCCCAUCCCACGCAGAAGGAAUGACCUUGACGACCCGGAGAGAGGCAUGAUUUUCGUCUGCUCUGCCACCCACAAGACCAAGUCCAUGUUCUUCUUCCUGGCCCAGACGGAGCAGGGAGACAUCUUCAAGGUCACACUGGAGACUGACGAGGAGAUGGUCACAGAGAUUCGGUUGAAGUAUUUUGACACCAUCCCUGUUGCGACAGCCAUGUGUGUGCUGAAAACUGGCUUCCUGUUUGUCUCCACAGAGUUUGGCAAUCAUUACCUUUACCAGAUUGCUCACCUGGGUGAUGACGAUGAGGAGCCGGAGUUCUCCUCGGCCAUGCCUCUCGAGGAGGGCGACACCUUCUUUUUCCAGCCCCGGCCCCUGAAGAACCUGGUGCUGGUGGAUGAGCAGGAGAACCUGUCCCCCAUCAUGUCCUGUCAGAUUGCUGAUCUGGCUAAUGAGGACACUCCCCAGUUGUAUGUGGCCUGUGGACGAGGCCCCAGAUCAACAUUAAGAGUGUUGAGACAUGGACUGGAGGUGUCGGAGAUGGCUGUAUCAGAGCUGCCCGGUAACCCCAAUGCUGUGUGGACAGUACGCAGACAUGUGGAAGAUGAAUUUGACGCCUACAUCAUUGUGUCUUUCGUCAACGCCACCCUGGUGCUGUCCAUCGGAGAGACUGUAGAGGAAGUGACUGACUCCGGCUUCCUGGGCACCACGCCUACCCUCUCCUGUUCGCUGCUGGGUGAAGAUGCCCUGGUGCAGGUGUACCCUGAUGGCAUCCGUCAUAUCCGCGCAGACAAGCGUGUCAACGAGUGGAAGACCCCGGGAAAGAAGACCAUUGUGCGCUGCGCUGUCAAUCAGAGGCAGGUGGUCAUCGCCCUCACCGGAGGGGAACUAGUGUACUUCGAAAUGGACCCCUCCGGCCAGCUGAACGAGUACACGGAGAGGAAGGAGAUGUCCGCGGACGUGGUGUGCAUGAGCCUGGCCAACGUUCCCCCAGGAGAGCAGCGUUCCCGCUUCUUAGCCGUCGGGCUGGUGGACAACACUGUCCGCAUCAUUUCCCUCGACCCCUCGGACUGUCUGCAGCCGCUGAGUAUGCAGGCUCUGCCCGCGCAGCCCGAGUCCCUGUGCAUCGUGGAGAUGGGUGGCGUGGAAAAGCAGGACGAGCUGGGUGAGAAGGGCACCAUCGGAUUCCUCUACCUCAACAUCGGCUUGCAGAACGGUGUGUUGCUCCGGACCGUGCUGGACCCAGUGACUGGAGACCUGUCUGACACACGUACCCGUUACCUGGGUUCGCGACCAGUCAAGCUCUUCCGGGUCAGAAUGCAGGGACAGGAAGCUGUGCUGGCCAUGUCGAGCCGCUCGUGGCUGAGCUACUCGUACCAGUCGCGGUUCCACCUGACGCCACUGUCCUACGAGACGCUGGAGUACGCGUCGGGCUUCGCCUCCGAGCAGUGCCCCGAGGGCAUCGUGGCCAUCUCCACCAACACGCUCAGGAUUUUGGCUCUGGAGAAGCUGGGCGCGGUCUUCAACCAGGUGGCUUUCCCCCUGCAGUACACGCCGCGCAAGUUUGUCAUCCACCCCGAGACCAACAACUUGGUGCUGAUCGAGACCGACCACAAUGCCUACACGGAGGCCACCAAGGCCCAGCGCAAGCAACAGAUGGCUGAGGAGAUGGUGGAAGCGGCUGGGGAGGACGAGCGUGAGCUGGCAGCAGAGAUGGCCGCCGCCUUCCUCAACGAGAACCUUCCAGAAGCCAUCUUCGGGGCACCCAAAGCUGGCGCGGGCCAGUGGGCCUCGCUGGUGCGGCUGGUCAACCCCAUCCAGGGCACCACGCUGGACCUGGUCCAGCUGGAGCAGAACGAGGCCGCCUUCAGUGUGGCCAUUUGCCGCUUCUCCAACGGGGGAGACGACUGGUAUGUGUUGGUGGGCGUGGCCAGGGACAUGAUUCUGAAUCCCCGCUCUGUUGCCGGUGGCUACAUCUACACCUAUCGCCUGGCGGGGGGCGGAGACAAGCUGGAGUUUGUGCACAAGACCCCUGUGGAGGACGUCCCUCUGGCCAUCGCACCCUUCCAAGGACGAGUGCUGGUGGGGGUCGGGAAGCUGCUGCGGAUCUAUGACCUGGGCAAGAAGAAACUGCUGCGCAAGUGUGAGAACAAGCAUGUGCCCAACCUUGUGACGGGCAUUUACACCAUCGGGCAGCGGGUGGUCAUCUCAGACAUUCAGGAGAGCCUGUUCUGGGUGCGCUACAAGCGCAACGAGAACCAGCUGAUCAUCUUUGCUGACGACACGCACCCGCGUUGGGUCACCACGGCCUGUCUGCUGGACUACGACACCAUGGCUUCUGCCGACAAGUUUGGCAACAUUAGCAUCGUUCGUCUUCCUCCCAACACCAGCGAUGAUGUUGACGAAGACCCCACUGGGAACAAGGCCUUGUGGGAUAGAGGUCUCCUCAACGGAGCAUCUCAGAAGGCGGAGGUGAUCAUGAACUACCACAUCGGGGAGACUGUGCUGUCCCUGCAGAAGACCACACUGAUCCCUGGAGGCUCGGAGUCGCUGGUCUACACCACCCUGUCGGGGGGCAUCGGCAUCCUGGUGCCCUUCACCUCCCACGAGGACCAUGAUUUCUUCCAGCACCUGGAGAUGCACAUGCGCUCUGAGUUCCCCCCGCUGUGUGGCAGAGACCACCUGAGCUUCCGCUCCUACUACUUCCCUGUGAAGAAUGUGAUUGAUGGGGACCUAUGUGAGCAGUUCAACUCUAUGGACCCACAUAAACAGAAGAGCGUGGCCGAGGAGCUGGACCGGACCCCCCCAGAGGUGUCCAAGAAGCUUGAGGACAUCCGCACACGAUACGCUUUCUAAGAGAACACACACACACACACACUUUUGCAGGAUCGUGGGACUUUUACAGACACUUUUAUAUGAAAUGUAAAACAGCCGGUACAAGUGACCGUUUUAACCUUGAUAAAGGUAGUGACCGGUUCCUCGUGGCAACUCGAGCCCUUUUUGUAUUGGUGCCUGCUCAUCUCUUUUGGAUAGUCACAACAACAAUUUGUCCAACUGACCGUUAUCCUGUACUAUGAGACAUCCCUACACAGAACAGUCAAAUUUGUGAAAUAGCUUUUGUUUUGCUUUUUUCCCCUGUAAGUAAUGAGGUUUGUGGCCGUUGCUAAAUUGUCUGCUGACUUAGUGUCUUUGCCUUGGUAUGUGGUGCCAAGCCAUAUAAGAGCAACUUUGCCGCACGCCAUGGUAGAUUCCCGGAGCCGUCUUGUAAAUAAAGUUUUUUUUUUUACAGUG